GACAAGAGUUCAAAACUAACCUAAAAUUGUAUGAAGUUUUAGUAAUAUUAUAAGUUUCCUAAUAAUAUUCAAUUAUUCAAUAAAUAGAAAAUGAGUGCAAUUCUUACGAAUAUAAUUCGAACCAAAAAUAUAGAAUUCUGUUUACGACUUUCAGCAGUACAAUGCUUGGUUCGUCAGCUUAGUAGCACUUCAUCCAUGAAUACGAAACAGUGGCGACUGGAGAGAGGUCUACCGGCCAACCGCUUGACCGAAGGAGUGCUAAUUGACGCACCCGACUAUACUUACUUAGAUGGGCGUCCUACACCUUUGCUGCAAAAGCAGAAGAAAAGGAUGCUAAGACAACAGGAUUAUGCUCGGCAAAUUAUUGCAAAUAUAUCAGAAAUUGAUUUUGCCAAACAGAGAUAUUUUGAUAACAUGAAAGCUGCAGAGGAAGACAGAAAUAACAUAAUUAAUAAUAGACUGAAACCAAAAGGCAAGGCAUUGUUAAGGAAAAAGUAGAUUAUAAAGAAUUUAGAUGUAUGAAUUUAGUUUAAAUAUAGAUUAAAAUAUUAA